CCACACUCAUACCCUUACCCUCUGAUUGAAAUAUGUUUUCAUCAGAGAAAAAGCCUGAAGAGACCGUUGACGAUGCCGCAUCAGUCUAUGACACCGAGAGCAUAGUUUCUGAUCUUAGGGCAGAACGCCCUGGUCAAGGUUCUUCCUUCUGGGCCUAUUUCAAUAUUGUAUGCGUUGUCGCUGGUACCGGUGCUCUCUCUCUACCUUACGCCCUUCGACAAGGUGGUUGGAUUGGUCUUUUUAUUCUCGGCCUGUCCUGGUUGAUGGCUUCUUAUUGUGGUAUCAUAUUGAUCAGAUGCCUGUAUGCCAACGGCAAACGAAGACUAGACUCUUACUAUGAUGUCGGUAGAGAGGCAUUUGGUCCUAUCGGCGGCAUUGUAAUUUUCUUCUUCAACGUCAUUCUAUUGCUUGGUGUUUCGAUGUUGUAUGUCAUGCUUUGUGGAUCCAACUUCAGUUCAGUCAUUCUCAAAGGGACCUCAGCAGAGCUGACUCCUGCUAUCUGGAAAAUUAUCUGGGCUGCUGUCAUCGCUGUUCCUUUCGUCUUCUUCCGAUCCAUGAAGGAAAUUGGUAUCUUUAGUGCCGCUGGUGUCGUUUGCACUUUCAUCUGCGUCGUCAUCGUCGUUGCUACCGCUGUGAACGAUCACAAAACAAAUCCCGUCGCUGUCCAACACGAUUCGGUUAUUUGGGAUCAAUUUCCUGUCGCUCUUAGCUCCAUCUCUUUCAGUUAUGGUGGAAACCCAAUUUAUCCCGCAGUCGAAGCAAGUAUGAGACGACCAAAGGAUUGGAACAAGGUUGUUUUUGGUGGUUUGUCCACUUGUAUGGCCUUUUAUUUCCUCUGUGCUGUUCCUGGUUACUAUAUCUACGGUGAUACUGUUCAAUCUCCCAUCUAUGCGUCAUUGCCAGAUUCUGCCGCCAAAACCGCCGCUGCUAUCAUUAUUACCAUCCAUGUCAUUCUAGCCACACCACUCCUUGUCACAUCGCUCGCGCUUGACUGUGAGAGGAUGCUUCACAUAUCUGAGGAGGAACGUGGAAAGUGGAUGGCAACGAUACUCCGAGUCAUUUUUAGAAUCAUCCUUAUGGUUGUCGUCGUCGUCGUGGCCAUCUUCGUGCCAUACUUUGGUGACUUUAUGUCCAUGCUAGGUGCUGUGGCCAACUGCUUAAUUAUCUUCGCUUUCCCUGUCAUUUGUUAUCUCAAGCUUACUGGCAUCCGAAACAAGCCCAUAUACGAACUUGCCUGGUGCUUCUUGUGUGUGCUGCUUGGUCUUGUCGGUCUGAUCUUCGGAUCCUGGCAAGCUGGUGAGGCUCUUAUGGCAGAUUUCCACCCCGCUGCUACUGCUGCACCCUAAAUAGCUCUCCUCCGUGUAUGACUAUAGUUAUUUAAAUGUAACAUAUACAAUAUCAAAAGACAAGUCUUUCUUUAUAAAGAAAUAUAAUCUGUACGCUUACCUCCUAAACAGC